UAUUACGUCAAAAUGUGUCACUCGGAGCAUGGGGUAGGGCAAGUCCUGUACCACUGCAGACUCCGUCGACUCAAGGAGGAACCGGGAUGAGCAUCACUAGGCUAUCAGAUAAACAGCACACUUACCGUUUCAAUACAGGGAUGGUUACCCGUUACCCGUCUCAUAAACUCCACACUAAGAGUCCAGAGACUGAAGAGAUAAUCACACAGGAAAGGAUCCUUCCAAAACACACAUAGGGAUCUGAUCUGCAGAGAGUGUGUGUGUGUGUGAGGAGGACGUGUGGUAUUUGUUCUUAACCCCCUCCACCCCUCCACUCCUUACCCAAAAUCCCAUUCUCCAACCUCCCUUACCCCCUGACCCUUAACCCCCAGCCAUGAUGUCGGGGAAGGGGAAGGCUAGCCCGCGUCACCGGCCAUGGUCCGUGUACCGGGCUAACACCUUUGACCUCUCGGCUGAGAUAAUGGGGCUGACUCUGGCAGGUAACAGUCAGGACCCAGAUGAGCCAGUGCUGGAGUUCAGCCUGGCGUGCAGUGAGCUGAUCACCCCAGCAUUGGACCGUAAACCGACCAGCUUUGUGGCGGUCAGCUGUACCACUCCUCCCCAGGCCUUCUGGACCAAACAUGCUCAGACAGAGAUCAUAGAGGGUACUAGUAAUCCUAUCUAUCUGAGCAGUAUAGCGUUCUUCCAGGACUCUCUGAUCACUCAGCAGACCCAGGUCAAACUAUCUGUGUACGACGUCAAGGACCGCUCCCAGGGCACGAUGUACCUGCUGGGGUCAGCCAUGUUCCCUGUGAAGGAGCUGCUGCAGGACAAACACCACAGACUCCACCUAACCCUCAGGUCAGCGGAGAACGAGCGCAUGGGCAAUAUCACCAUCAUCGCCUGGCAGAUAGAGGAGAGGAGGGAGCAGAGAGCCCCUGUCGCCCGGCAGGACACCAUCAAUGGCAGGAUGGUUCUUCCAGUGGAUGAUAGCCUGACUGAGUCCGUGAACAUCAGGGCCAAGUCUGCGUCUCUGUGCAAAGACACACUGCUGAAGGCUGUGUUUGGGGGCACCAUGUCUCGUAUGUACCGUUUCCCCACCACGGAUGGGAACCACCUACGUAUCCUGGAGCAGAUGGCUGAGAGUGUCCUCUCUCUACACAUCCCUCGGCAGUUUGUCAAACUACUGCUGGAGGAGGACGCUGUCAGGGUGUGUGAACUGGAGGAGUUGGGGGAGUUGUCUCCAUGUUGGGAAAACCUGAGGAGGGAGAUUAUUGCUCAGUACCAGACCAUCAUCCUCACCUACCAGGAAACCAUCGGUGACCUACACGAAUAUAAAGGUCCCUCCUUUAAGUCCAGUACUCUGAAAGCAGAUAAGAAGCUGGAGUUUAUCCCCACUAACCUACACGUCCAGAGGAUGAGAGUACAAGGAGAGUCUGGCUAUGACAGGACCUAUGACGUAGUGACUAUAGGUGCCCCAGCAGCCCACCACCAAGGCUUUAAGCACUGUGGUCUUCGGAAACUCAUCCACAAGUUUGAGGAGGCUAGGAAACACGCGUAUGAGGAGGAAUGCAGUGCUGGGUCUGGCUCUAAGCCGGUGGCCUACCUGCCUCAGGACGUGGUAAUAGCGAAGGAGCUGAUUGGUCAGAUCAACACCUUGAAGACCCAGGUGUGCUACUACACCGAACGUUUGUCCCGCGCUGCCAAGGAACGCUCAGCCAACGCUCUGGAAAGAACCCUCGCCAUCCUCUCUGAGAAGACUCGUCAGUUGGUGACAGUUUGUGACUCUAAGCUGCUGUCCUCUGCCAUCCUGGCCCUCUCUGCCGCCCGUCCAGAAUACAUUUCCCAGAAGGGCACUCCCUCCCCCUCAUCUCUCACUCCUUCACCCUCUCCAUCCCGCUCUCCCUCUCAUCACACUCGCUCCCCCUCUCACCACUCUACCUCCCCCGCUCGCCAAUCCACCUCCCCCUCUCGCCACUCCAUCUCCCCUCGCCACUCCGUAUACCAGGAAGGAGAGGGGGGGAAAGACAAGCGCUCCUCCCUACAGGCUGACUGGCACGAGGAGAACUGGGAGAAGGUAUGGUUGAAUGUGGAUAAGAGUCUGGACUGUGUGAUCCAGAGGGUGGACAGACUGCUGGCCAAAGAUAGUAUGCAGAGUGACAGCAGCAGUGAGGAUGUGUUCCUGAACUCUCAGCAGCAGACCAAUGCCACUACUAAGAAAGGUAUCCAUGGAAACAGAGAAGCCUUCUGGAUACACCCAGAAUCGUCAUCUUCAUCUCCUUCUUCUUCUCUUCCUCCAUCAUCAUCAUCAUCCUCAUUGUCAUCAUUCCCUUAUCUGACCAUCACAUGUCAGUCAAACCAUGAAAGACAACAGCACUACAGCAGCCCAGAUGUACAAAAGGAAAAGCCCUCCCCAGGUGAAUGGAGUGAGGCAUUGUACCCUCUCCUGACUACCCUGUCAGAGUGUGUGUCUCUGAUGAGUGACAAGGCUAAGAAGUCCAUGGUGUUCCUCCUAAUGCAGGACAGUGCUCCCACCAUCGCCAUGAGCCUCACGCUACAGUACAGGAGAGAUGUGGUCUUCUGCCAGACGCUGUCAGCUCUGAUCUGUGGUUUCAUCAUCAAGCUGAGGAACUGUCUCCAUGACGAUGGCUUCCUCAGGCAGCUUCACAUCAUCGGCCUGCUAGUCCAGUAUGAGGGCCUGCUCAGCACCUACGGGGAGGAGCUGGCCAUGUUGGAGGACAUGAGUGUUGGUGUGAUGGACCUGCGAAACGUCACUUUUAAGGUUACCCAGGCAACCUCGGUCUUCGGCCCAGAUAUGUUGCCUGUCAUCACCGGGAACCGGGACGGCUUCAACGUCAGGGUUCCGUUACCAGCAGCGAUGUUUGAUGCGUUGCCGAGGGAGAUCCAGAAUGGAAUGCUGCUGAGGGUUCAGCCGGUUCUCUUCAAUGUGGGAAUCAAUGAACAGCAGACACUGGCCGAGAAGUUUGGAGACACGUCUCUCCAGGAGGGGAUUAACAUGGAGAAUAUGGCUCGACUCAGCUCAUACUAUGACCAGUUUAAAGAGGUCCUACCUGAGGACUGCCUCCCUUGUAUCCGUAGUCAGACCAGCCUGCCUGAGCUGCUAAAGCUGCUGAGUCAGAACAUCAAUGCCAGGAAAAGCAAGAACGUAGAGAUCCUGUGGCAGGCAGCGGAGGCUUGUCGGCGUCUGAACGGAGUGCGUUUUACCAGCUGUAAGAGUGCUAAAGACCGUACAGCCAUGUCUCUAACCCUGGAGCAGUGUCUCAUCCUCCAGCAGGAGCACGGACUGGCCCCACAGGUCUUCUCCCAGGCCCUCGACUGCAUGCGCAGUGAGGGCUGCAGACGAGAGAACACCAUGAAGAAUGUAGGAUGUCGUAAAUACGCCUUCAACUCCCUCCAGCUGAAGGCCUUUCCAAAACAGUACCGCCCACCUGAGGGCACCUAUGGGAAAGUAGAGACCUGAUUGGACAGACCAGCUGCACAUCUCUUAAAGUAGCCAAUAGAAGGGGAAAUGGACUAAAUAACAUCAACAACAACAUAAAAGCAAAAAAACAUCACAAAAGCAACUACCCCCUAUAUAUAGUGCUGCAUCCCUGUUGGUGAUUUAAUGUAAUCUGUGGUAGAUUGUUUGAUAGAAGUUCACUCUCUUUUGCGAUUAGACUCACUCCGUUAUGUCAUGACAACCACUACACACACAACAACAACAACAACUUAAGAACAGCUUUUCAAAUUGUUUUAGUUUUUAUUUAGAAAGGGAAAGGGGAAGGGGGUAUACCUUGUCAGUUGCACAACUGAAUGCAUUCAACCAAAAUGUGAGCUCUUAUCAUAAGGCCUGUGUUCUAACCACUGUCUCUCAUGGAACUUUAAAGAGAAAAUUCAACUCAAGUACAUUUAAAAAGAACAAAACCUUUGUAUGCAGAGCAUCAAGAUCUUACUUGCUCUCACACUCCACUCCUACAACAAGCACAGGGAACUGAUGAUAUACAGAGAUCAGACAGAGACAUGCUUGUAUCUCUGAUGUAUGAAGACUAUUCUAUCUUAUGUUAUUUUGUUAUCCCUUUUCUAUUUGGUAAUAUAUCUAAAUGACAGGGUUCGUGUAAAGUAGAGGGCCAGUAUCCUGUGUUUAAGUUUUACAGUAAAGAUAUUGUGUAUGCAAGGCUUGGUAGUCUACUGAGAGGCAUAUACAGUUACAGUGGUCAAGGUUAAUCUUUCACUUGCCACUACAAGUUUGUUUAAAGUUUUACAUUUUGUCACUGAGUGCAUGGCACAAUGCUCCACUAUAUAAAAUGCAAGCAUGGAUAGAUUUUACACACAGCAAACUUAAUCCAAAAACAACACAGUUAAAUUCUGUGCUCACAUGCGUGUAGAUUUUAAACUGAAAAGGAAUAUAUUAUCCAAAUCUUGUACUUCCCCCCAACCCCUCUCUGUUCAUGAAGUUGUUUCUGUACAGGUCCAGGUUCUAGAUGGUAGGCAUAUUUUCUGUACAUCAGACUAUAGACUGAGCCAAACUAGAAUAUUAGCUUAGAGUAAGGAACAGUGUUAUAAGAAAUAUGAAGAAAGUUCCUGCUCUAUUGUAUGUCUGCAGUUAUUCUUUGUGAGUUCAUCUCGUCUCUUAUUAAAAGAGCUCCUGGUUGACUUCACGACAGGACCAAAACACAACACUGGCUUAUUCAUUUUACAACCAAUGGAGCGAAAAGGAAGUGUCUGAAUGCAUGUAGAUAGAGAAUCUUCACAUUAUUAUUGUACUUUUGGAAAUAAGGGACUUGUACACUGCCUGUUUAAAAUGGACAGUGUUUUGCGUUAAAUUGUACUGUGAACCUUUCACUGGCUUCUGUUUCCAUGUCUACCUAUAGAUUUUAUUCUCCAUUACAGAGACAUUCAAAACAUUUGUUUAAAUGUUAUUUUGCUAAAUAUCCUUGAUGCUGAUGCACUGAAAAUUGCUGAAAAAAGUAGCCAAAAUGCUGCCAGAAUUUUACUCAUUUAAUUUUACAUUUUUUUUGUCUUUGUAUGUAAUGAAUGUUAUUGAACCACACACUUUCAAGUAGGACCAUCUGUAUAGGUACAGGCGUUGCUGUAAAAUGUGCUUUCAUAAACUCUCCUCAGUAACUUGAGCUGUUAAAAUGAGAGCAUUAAACUGUUUCACCAA